AUGGAGGAAUAUGUUGAUCAUAUCAAUUUUAAACAUCAUACAUUGGAGUGUGGAGGUUUUGAAUCAACAUGGACACCAAUUGAUAAAAAUACAGAGCUAACAGAUAUUAAGUGGAAAAUCUCACAAAUUCAAAAUGAUACUGAUAUCAAUUUGAAAGAUGUCAAUCCUUAUGAAGAUAUUGAAGAUUUAGUUUUAGAAAAUUUUUCUGUCAACAACCCAUACAAAGUAACUGAUCCUUCAAAUAAGUUUGCUCCAUUCGCUAAUGAAUUAGAAUGGCAUAGUUUCAUGAUGUUGAAAUCCAAACAGUUUACAAAAGAACAAUACAAUUAUACAACUGAAAUACUGAAAUUAUGUGGUCAAGAAUGUCUUUCAUACGAUCAAAUUCAAACCAGAUGUAAAUAUUUCAAAACUCAACAACCAAUAAUUGAUGAAAAUGAUACUGAACAGGACCAAUAUGUAUACUAUGGUGUUGUAAAUUGUAUCAAAUAUUUAUAUGCAGAUCCUUUUAUUGCAAAAAAGAUACAUAAUGGUAAUAAGCCAGAGGAUUUAACAAAAGAACCAUUAUUCGAUUAUGAACCAUACGCAUCAAAAGGAUUUCAAGAAUUGAAAAAGAAAUGUUCAUCAGACGAAACACCAAUUGUCAUUAUGUAUUAUAUUGAUGAAUUUAGAAAACAUAGAACAGGUACAGACAAAACAGCAGGAUUAUAUUUCACCUUAUUGAAUUUUAAUCGAAGCUUUCUUACUUCGAAUAUGGAAUCAAUUUCAUUACUAGGAAAUUCAAAAACAAAUAUUUCCCAAUUCAAAUUAGCAACAAAACUAGUUGAAGAGUUGAAUGAAAUUAAUGGAAAAUCAAUUGAUGUUUAUAACUCUUACACUGAUUCAAUUGAAAAGAUUCGAAUUCUAAUAGGUCCUUGGAUUUGGGAUUCUGUACAAAGAUGGCUAUCAUUAUUUCUUGAAAGCUAUACAUGUUCUAAAUGUAAAUGCCCAAAAGGAGAUUAUUGUAAAUGUCCUAAUGACAUUUCAACACCUUUAGUCUAUCCUUUAAGAACUGUUACUGAAGCAAUUGAAAUGCAACAAAAAUUAUCAAUUGGUACCUCAUGUAAUGGCUACAAGUUUAUUACAGUCGCUGAUAUUCAAAUCAAAGAUAUGCAGAUUGAUUCCAAGUCCAAAAAAUCCAAACAGGUAAAAGAAAAAGUUCGACAAAGUAACAAUACUCAAAUGAAGUGUCCGUUUUUACAAAUUAAGGAUUGUGAUAUUUUUGAAAAUUCAACUGUUGAAUUAAUGCAUGGUUCUAUUCAAGGUGAUUUAAGGAGACACCUUAAAAAAUUUUUCAAAUAUUUCAAUUACACCAACAUUUUAAGUGAUUUUCAGUCUGUUAUGGACAAGUAUACAAACAAUCAUGGUAAACCUUUGAAAAUGAUUGCAAAAGAUUACAAUGAUUGUUCAGCAGAUCAUUUUUUGGAAUUCGUGGUUUUUAGUUGCCCAAUUAUGUAUGAUUUUCUUAUUAAUAAUAAGAAUCACUGUGAUGUUUCAUUCAGUUUGAAGAAGAAACAUAUAAUAUGUUGGUCAAAUCACGUAGAAUACGUACUUUCUUUGAUUCAAGAUUUGGUUUCACCUUCAAAUAUUGAAAUUGCAAAAUUGAAACAUUUCAAUUUCAGGAAACAAGUCAUUUCCCUAUAUGGUAAUGGUAAUUUUACAAAUCCUAAUUUUCAUUGGAAUUCUCAUAUUUUUGAAGAUUGUUUGAAGUGGGGAAAUGCCAGGUUCUUCUGGGCAUUGCUUUUUGAAUUGAAACACAAAGUUUUCAAACAAUUUAAUGACUCUUCCAAUCACAAAAAUUUAGAACAACGAGGAGCGAAUUUUGAAAAACUUCAAAAACAAAUUAACAUCAAUUAUCCUUGGGUAAGAAAUCAAUCUGAAAACAAGAAAUGGAUUCCAAUUGUACAAAACAAAGAAUUUAUUUUAUUUAAGGCAAAGGAUGGUUCCUUACUUGUUGGUCAAUUUGUUGAGGUUAAAGAGCAAAGAGUAUAUUUCACCAACAUCAAAAAGUGUCUCUCUUCGGUUCAUCCAAUUAUUGGAUAUAGAUUAAUUGAUUCAAACAUUCAUGUAACAACAGGCUAUGUUGCACUAAAUCAAAUAAUUGGUAAAUGUUUGAUUCAUAAUAUUGCUGGCAAAGAAAUGUUCAACCAAUACUCGUUUUUCAUGAAUUUCCAUAAAGUUAAAUUUUAA